AUGGCCUACGAACGAUUCAUUAUACUGUUAUUUGCCGUUCCGCUGAUUUUCGCGGACGACCUCUCUUCCUGCAAAGAAAUUUGCGACAAGAAAUUUGUCGGUGGCGCUGAAGAGAAGGUUUGCUUAAAGUUUGUAAAAAUUUGAUUAAUAAAAAGUUCUAUGGAUUUGUGAAAAAAAUUUUUUUAUGUUGCUGGGUGACCGAAAAGGCUUUGAAUUAUUUUUCUCGAAUGGUAUGAUUUAUUUUUCCCGGCCUGUCUCAGCAUAGUUUCUUUUUAUAAUUAAAAAGAAAAAUUUCGAACUUGGAAUUUUCAGAAAAAUUGAGAAAAUUGAAAGGGUUGAAAUUCAUCAAAAUGACAUCAGAAACCAAUUUGAGAAAAUGGAUUUAAAAGCCCCCAAGAGUUAAUCUGUUUCAAUCCAUCUUUUCUGUCUUGAGCGAUUUCUUGAAAGCUUCUAUGAAUUCAAGAAAAAAAAAUGAGGGGAAGCAUAAGGUGUCCUCCGAGCUUUUGAGACGUUUCUGAGGAUUUUAGUGGUCACUAACAGUGCUGCUGACGGGGAGACUGCGGUCGCCCCGGGUCGUCCCGGUCUGGUCAGCAGCUCUGGUCACUAAAGUUUUGUUAGCCCUUCUUGGCGUUUCCUUAAAUGGAAAGAGAGGCUGCAGUUUAUGAGUUCUUUUUUUUUACAGAGGUUUCUGUUGGAUAAUCUGAAUGUAUUCUAUAUUUUCUUAGGGUUUUACGGCGUCUGAGAAAUUCGUUGUACGACAAUCUAUUCAUAAAAUUCCAUAUCUUUCGCGAAAGUUCAAAGUGACUCCAGAAUUUACUAUCAAUUUCAGAUAAGCCUCUGUAAUUUUUGAUUUCAUCCCUCACCUCAUAUGCUUUCUAUGUUCCACCUUUCUUCUAGGACACUCCGCAAUCUUCCUUUCCUCUCAGUAUGAUCAGUUUUUUGUUCCGGUUAGGUUUUUUUUUGUACUUUUCUUUUGCUUCCAACUUCACGUUCUCUACCUGCGGGCAAACAGUUUCAGCGCAUGAAAUUUUGAAGAAAAUCAGUUAAUUCUCUCUUAAAAUAACGAAAAUUUCGUACCUCGACUAUGUAUAGUUGAAAAGUUCAGGAAGCAUGCUCAAGAGGGUGCGCCAAACGGGUCACCACCGACCCGUUCGGCUUCAUCGACUGCCACAAAGGCUGCGCCGCCGACUACUCCAACGGAACCGAGCCUGAACUGAAGGCGUGCCGAUUCGCCUGCAGCCUUCCGAUCACCACCAGAGUCUUCGUUAGUUUUAACAAAAAAAAUGGCAUUAGCUUCUCAGCUCACCUUCAUAGAAUUCGAAUCAGUUUGCAGGGUCAAGGUUCGAAAACACCUGAAAAGGAACUUUGUAGGAGUUUGAAAAAAACCUUUGCUAGCGCUUUUUUUAUCGGAGAGAUUCUUUUAAAGAGAUGGAAAGAUGUUAGAAAAAAAGAAGUUCUAAUGAAUAAGGAUUUCAAAAAAAUAAAGAUUAUUUCUCUUGAAAAAGUGCGAAGAAAAAGCUUAGAAGAAACUUUUUUUGCACUCUUUUUAGGAGCUCAAAAAUGAGCUUUUACUUUUUCUUUCAAGGUCUUUAAAGUUCGCUUUGGGCUUUACCCUGUUUUUUUAAUGCGAUAAAUUCGGAAAAUAAAAAAAGAAAAAAAUGAAAAAUUAUUGUACUUUUUUUUAGGCCCUUUUUAAAUGCUUAGUUCUGAUCCUUUCCUCUAAUAGAUUGACUGAAAAAUUUUUGAGAUGUCGGUGGAUUUGACCGGCGACAAGCCACGUAUCCAAGUUCAACGGGAGGAAGGCGUUGGCAUGGAGAAAAUGUUCGGUUUGAGCAACGGAGAGCCUGGGAACGAGGUGAAGAUUGACAGGAAAAAUGUUGAAUACAUCUGAAAAAAAAAUGGAAGGAAUUUUUUUGAGAAUUUGAGAAUUGGAGAGUUUUUUUCAAAAAGUGAAAAAUUCAAAGUUCAAACUUUCUGAAAGUGAAAAUCGCACUUUUCUAAGCAACACGCUUAUAGAAAAAAUGAGAUUUUUCAAAUUUUCGGACCCUGCGUUAUUCUCCUCAGAAAACAGCUUAUUUUGACUUUUGAAAAAAAGCCGAAUUCCUGCAUUUAUUCCGUUAACUUAGGGCUUGAUUUGAUUGUAAAUUGAGCAGUCGACAUUUUUCGAAUAAAGUUAAUUUUUAUCAUCCCCUUUUUAGGACUUUUUCGGAAACGGACCAUUCUCUUCGAUUCUCCUCAAGCCAUCCGACGUCAACUCGGGAAUGGCCGAUGGAAGUCCCUUUGGGUUAGAAAAAACAAAAUCUGGAAUUUCUCUAACAAAGGGAUUUUCUUUAGAAUCCCCUCUCAAAACGGCCCCGCCGAUUUCCAAAAAAUGCACGAGCGUAUGAACGCCAUCGUCAAUAUGAUGCUGAAGGAUUUCAUCAAGGUUUUUUGAGGAAACAAAAAAAAACUUGUGAGCUUUUUCUAGAUCCGCAGUGAAGUGAUGAAAACUAGCACUGAUCUCAGUGGUUCUGAUCAUCGCCCGGUAAAUCACGAUUCUCUGGCACUUCGAGGUUGGUUUUUGGAGAAAAAAUGCUCUAAUUUUUAUCGAUUUCAGGUACCAAGGUGGAUAACUUGGGCGAGAAUGGAAAUCCGAUCAUCACCGAGUUCGAGACGGAGUUCGCCCCGUUCUCUGACCGACUUCACAGAAAUAUUGGUUGGUUUUGAGUGGAAAUAAGAAGAGCUGAUUCUUGACGAUAUUUAAAUGCGCGGGUAAAAAAUUAUUUUUGAAUAACCUCUGUAAGAAGAUUGUAUGAGUUUAUAUCAUAGGGUGAUAUAAAAUUUCAUUCAUGAAGGAUUUUGAUGAUUUUUAAAGGAGCAGAUGAAACUUUUUUCUUUAAAUAGAAUAUUUAACAGAUUAUGAAAGUUUAUUCGAAGGGAAAUUUUUAAUUCUCUUUUGUAUCGGUCCUAAGGUUCAACAAUGGCGAAACUGCUGGCAUUUAAAAAAAAAAUUGAAAAAGAACAACAUUUAUUCGUGAGGCUUUUGGAUUUUCCGUGAAGACUUCGUAGAUAGAUUAUAGGAGUAUAUUCUCACCGAAAUCUAUAGUUCUCUUUAGAAAAAGUGCGAAAGUUGAAUUAUUUCAGUUUUUUAUUGGAAAAAUAGCGAAUAUGAUUCACGAAGGCCAGCCGACUUUGCCGGGGCCACCCGACAAGGUGCGGGGUAGGAAUAAGCUGCUGAAAAGAUUGAGACAAACAAGAAUGUUCAAGGCGGCCGGUCGUGUUACGGUAAUCAAGCUAGGUUUUUGGGCAAUAAAAUGAAAACUUGUGUACUUUUUGUGACGUAACUUAUUUUGUAACCUCGAAAAAUAGGUUUUUAACAAAUUGCGAAAAAGAUAAAAUAAAAAAAUUUCCUGGCUCCGAAACUGACGGCGCAAUAUUGGCCGUAGCACUGUCUUAAACAUGCGUGAUAAUCGGCUUUUUUUUUUGACAAUUUAACCGCAUCGUGUGUCGAGUCACCCUGUCUCAUCAGCAGAUCUGGAAAAUAGGAAUACUUUUUCCAGUCUCCCUUGUGGAAGCUCGAAGCGAAGAAGCGGCUCGUCGCGCCAACACUGUCCGUUGGCUCCUCGGAUUGGUGGCCAUUCUGGCGCUUUUUGUCGUCCUCGCCGCCAUCAUCACCUUCUUCGGACUGUACCGUCGCAAGAACUACAUCAUGAUGACUGUGAGUUUCAGUAUAUAAUGUCACGUUCAAGGCCUUUUCAAAAAAAUUGAAAGUUUUGUGUUUUCCAUUGGAACGGAGCAGUACGACAUUUACAGCCUGUUCAAAGUGGAAAAAGUGAAAAAAAAAAUUAUCGCAUUGGAAGAUAUUCUGUUAAUAUAAUCUUUAUUUAUUCAAGAAAAAAAAAAACCCCGUAUUUCAUGUAAAUUACCAGAAAACGUGAGCUAAAUUUUGAAGAAAUGCGUGAGAUUUGAGAAAAAAAAUCUUCUGUUUCAAGCCGUGAAAAUUUGAAUGUAAGGUGUUUUGUUAGGAAAAACCAACUUAUUUCUCAUUUUCUGUAUUUCUCCUUUGAAGAGCCCGAACUGUGGCGCCGCUGCUCCUCUUCCGGCCAAGAAGGUCCCUGAGGACGGCUGGGAAGAACGUCAGCCGACUGAUGGAGUCCCACCACCGGCCUACGACCAGGUAGAUGAGAUCCACCUUCAUCUGACUAACUCGGACAAUUUCCAGCUCUCGAUCCACUCGUUCAAGAAGGAGCAGCAGCAGCAGCUCCAGGAUCAUUAA